AUGACGAAGGUAAGUAGCAGCGGCCGCAGGACCAACGAGGAUAGCGAGGAGAAUUGGGACGGUAACGACAGGGAGAUGGCGGAGACGGUGACGGUGACGAAGAUCAAGUGGAUAUUGUACCAACCUGGGUACAUUCAAGGAGCGCAGACUCUGCGUGGCAGCAUAGCAGACAACAGAGACCGAAGGAGAGGCGACGAUGGACUGGAUUGA